AUGAAAACGACAACAAAUGCGAAUGAGGAGGGAGGAAUAGAGGAGGGGGAGGAGGAGGAGGAGGAGGAGGAGGAGGAGGAGGAGGAGGAGGAGGAGGAGGAGGAGGAGGAGGAGGAGGGAAGGGAGGAGCGAAGGAAGGAAGGGGAGAGGAGGAGGGAGAAAGCAGGAAGAAGAGGAGGAGUAGAAGUUUUGGGAGAAUACCGGCAGUGGGGGAGAUGGUCUGUGACCCGAUGGGUAUCGCCUCAACCAGCAACGACAGAGGAGGAGGAGGAGAAGGAGAAGGAGAAAAGGGAGGAUGAGGAGGAGGAGGAGGAGGAGGAGGAGGAGGAGGAGGAGGAGGAGGAGGAGGAGGAGGAGGAGGAGGAGGAGGAGGAGAAGAGAGGAGGAAUGGGAGGCAGGGAACGUGGGGAUUCAGUGGAGGUGAACCAGCGACGAGAUUUGGGACAACGGGAAAGCAAGGUCCGGUCUGGCGGCACCACUCAUACGCUCCCCUGCGCUCCCAACACUGGCUUGCCCAGCACGAUACCCUCCCCUUCCACCUCCAUCUCCAUCUCCUCAAACCCGGUUGUGAACUGCAUGCACACGAUGGGAAGUGGGGAGGAGUGGGGGAUAGAGGAGGUUCAGGCAGUGCAUGCCAAACCUAAAAGAGAGUCACAAUACCAGCCCGAGGAAGGACAUGAAGCUGACACGGCAGUGCAUGAAGCUGACACGGCAGUGCAUGAAGCUGACACGGCAGUGCAUGAAGCUGACACGGCAGUGCAUGAAGCUGACACGGCAGUGCAUGAAGCUGGCACGGCAGUGCAUGAAGCUGACACGGCAGUGCAUGAAGCUGACACGGCAGUGCAUGAAGCUGACACGGCAGUGCAUGAAGCUGACACGGCAGUGCAUGAAGCUGACACGGCACAUGAAGCUGACACGGCAGUGCAUGAAGCUGACACGGCAGUGCAUGAAGCUGACACGGCAGUGCAUGAAGCUGACACGGCAGUGCAUGAAGCUGACACGGCAGUGCAUGAAGCUGACACGGCAGUGCAUGAAGCUGACACGGCAGUGCAUGAAGCUGACACGGCAGUGCAUGAAGCUGACACGGCAGUGCAUGAAGCUGACACGGCAGUGCAUGAAGCUGACACGGCAGUGCAUGAAGCUGACACGGCAGUGCAUGAAGCUGACACGGCAGUGCAUGAAGCUGACACGGCAGUGCAUGAAGCUGACACGGCAGUGCAUGAAGCUGACACGGCAGUGCAUGAAGCUGACACGGCAGUGCAUGAAGCUGACACGGCAGUGCAUGAAGCUGACACGGCAGUGCAUGAAGCUGACACGGCAGUGCAUGAAGCUGACACGGCAGUGCAUGAAGCUGACACGGCAGUGCAUGAAGCUGACACGGCAGUGCAUGAAGCUGACACGGCAGUGCAUGAAGCUGACACGGCAGUGCAUGAAGCUGACACGGCAGUGCAUGAAGCUGACACGGCAGUGCAUGAAGCUGACACGGCAGUGCAUGAAGCUGACACGGCAGUGCAUGAAGCUGACACGGCAGUGCAUGAAGCUGACACGGCAGUGCAUGAAGCUGACACGGCAGUGCAUGAAGCUGACACGGCAGUGCAUGAAGCUGACACGGCAGUGCAUGAAGCUGACACGGCAGUGCAUGAAGCUGACACGGCAGUGCAUGAAGCUGACACGGCAGUGCAUGAAGCUGACACGGCAGUGCAUGAAGCUGACACGGCAGUGCAUGAAGCUGACACGGCAGUGCAUGAAGCUGACACGGCAGUGCAUGAAGCUGACACGGCAGUGCAUGAAGCUGACACGGCAGUGCAUGAAGCUGACACGGCAGUGCAUGAAGCUGACACGGCAGUGCAUGAAGCUGACACGGCAGUGCAUGAAGCUGACACGGCAGUGCAUGAAGCUGACACGGCAGUGCAUGAAGCUGACACGGCAGUGCAUGAAGCUGACACGGCAGUGCAUGAAGCUGACACGGCAGUGCAUGAAGCUGACACGGCAGUGCAUGAAGCUGACACGGCAGUGCAUGAAGCUGACACGGCAGUGCAUGAAGCUGACACGGCAGUGCAUGAAGCUGACACGGCAGUGCAUGAAGCUGACACGGCAGUGCAUGAAGCUGACACGGCAGUGCAUGAAGCUGACACGGCAGUGCAUGAAGCUGACACGGCAGUGCAUGAAGCUGACACGGCAGUGCAUGAAGCUGACACGGCAGUGCAUGAAGCUGACACGGCAGUGCAUGAAGCUGACACGGCAGUGCAUGAAGCUGACACGGCAGUGCAUGAAGCUGACACGGCAGUGCAUGAAGCUGACACGGCAGUGCAUGAAGCUGACACGGCAGUGCAUGAAGCUGACACGGCAGUGCAUGAAGCUGAAGCUGACACGGCAGUGCAUGAAGCUGACACGGCAGUGCAUGAAGCUGACACGGCAGUGCAUGAAGCUGACACGGCAGUGCAUGAAGCUGACACGGCAGUGCAUGAAGCUGACACGGCAGUGCAUGAAGCUGACACGGCAGUGCAAGCCACACGCCAACAGAGGCACACUACCAACCAGGGGAAGCACAGCAUGCACGCACCAGUGAGCCUGCCGGUACUUCUGCCAGCGGAGCGGUGCAUGACGCUGGCGCGGCGUGUGAGGUAG